GUUCAAAAUUGCGUGGGCAAAGCAAAGCGUUCAAUAGUUGGUUGAGAAAGUGUGGGCGCCCAGAGGGACAGAGCGGCUCUGUAGCUCAGUGCAACCAGUGCUGGCGGGGCUCAGGCAUUCAGUCGCGGCCGUUUCUGUCAAUAUCUGUUCUAUCUGCUCUAUUUCACAUCUGACAAUCGCUGAAGGAUCGAUAGGUCUGGAGUUUGUCGCGAGCUUGAUUUUCCCUCUUGGAGUGCAACCAUAUGAAUUACUCCCGACGCGUCGCCAUUUGGUUACUCGCGUUAUCUGUACAAAUUAUACAGGCAUGUGCGUAUUGCGGUAGAUUGGAGAUGAUAUCCGUUUGGCUCCUGUUUUUAAAGCUGCUGAGAGCCACAGCUGGUGUGCGAAGGUCAUAUGAAAGUGAACUAAAUGACGGCAAAACCACCUCUGUAAAUCAGCAACAAAAAGAGCAGGAAUACCUCUCUGAAACAGUCACCAUGGAGACCAGCCAGCUUUCAGAAAUGGCUGAUCUAACAGACUGUAAAAUGGAUCCUGGGUUUACAGAGGACCAGCCAUGCCAAUUCACUGAGGAGGUGAAUGAAUGUGUUGUCACAUAUUUCUCAGAGUGCCUGGAUACCAAACAGACCAACCCACAAGAAGAUCUGUGUGGGCAAGAAAACAUAGCCAUAACUAAUGAAUGUGAUAGCUCAGGUGAAUCUGAUGAAAGCAAAGACUCUCAAGAAGGUAUUCUGGUCAAGGUCAAUGAACAAGACGACCCAAACAGCAGAGUCUCUUUGGCCUUUGAGUCUAAUGAAGUCUCCAUUGUGAACGACAAACCAGAAGAAGAGAUGAAAAUCAAAAAUUCGGAUAAUGCCCAGAAGGAAGAUCAUGAUGAACCUAAAGAGAGGGUGGAAGCACAAGACAAUUCUGUUCUGGAAGGACAAGAAGGAUCUGUGCUGGAAAUACAAGAAGAAUCUGUGCUAGAAGCACAAGAAGAAUGUGUUCUGGAAGAACAAGUAUCUGUUCUGGAAGCACAAGAAGAAUCUGUGUUGGAAGAACAAGUAUCUGUUCUGGAAGCACAAGAAGAAUCUGUGUUGGAAGAACAAGUAUCUGUUCUGGAAGCACAAGAAGAAUCUGUGCUGGAAGAACAAGAGCAAUCUGUGCUGGAAGAACAAGAGCAUUCUGUGCUGGAAGCACAAGAAGAAACUGAGCUGGAAGAACGAGAAGAAUCUGUGCUGGAAUUACAAGAAGAAUCUGUUCUAGUAAAACGAGAUGAAUCUGUGCUGGAAGCACAAAAAGGAACUGAGCUGGAAGUACGAGGUGAAUCUUUGCUGAAAGCACAAGAAGAAACUGAGCUGGAAGAACAAGAAGAAUCUAUGCUGAAAGCACAAGAACAAACUGUGCUGGAAGAACAAGAAGAAUCUGUGCUGGAAAAACAAGAAGAAACUGUGCUGGAAGAACAAGAAGAAUCUGUGCUGGAAAAACAAGAAGAAACUGAGCUGGAAGAACGAGAAGAAUCUGUGCUGGAAAAACAAGAAGAAACUGAGCUGGAAGAACGAGAAGAAUCUGUAUUGGAAGCACAAGAAAAAGCUGUGCUGGAGCAGCAAAUUAAUGAGCUUGUGAUUUCUGUAGUCCCAUCUGAAUCUUGUCCGGAUAUGGAUCGAGAUGACCUAAGUGACUGUCUGCUUGUGGAAAUGGCCAUCAUUUCAUCAGACAGUGAUGCUGAGGAGCCGUGGAGGUCUUUAGCUGUUGAUAAAGAAGAUAUUGAAGAGAAUGGUGAUCUCUUGGGUAUGGAUGAAGCAGUAAACUCAGAAGACCAAGCAAGGCAGGAAGACAAUGAGGUGAUUAAUAGCAAUGCUGAACUUGAAGAAGUAGCUCUGGCUUUGAACAUUAAUGAAAGUGACAUUCUAGAACAACCAGAGUGUCCCACUGAAUGUGAGCUGCAAGAUAUUUCUUUGGAGUCCUCUUCCCAGUACUGUAGUUUAACAAAGAUUGCAGAGGAUGAGGAAGAGCUUGGUAAAACCUCAAAGCACAACCUUCAGCGCCUGUCUUGUUCAACUUCAGAGCUUGACAAAAAGUUGCCAAAAGACUUCUGCGUGGUUCAGGAAAUAAAGAGCGAGAAUGUCAGCACGGAGCACCUGGAUUUCAGGGUGGCUCGCAAGCAGUGGCAGAAGAUGGAAGAGCAAACAAAGGGUCUGGUGCACCGGCCAGUGAUGAGGCAGACAUUUUGCCAGGGUGGACACAGCUUCAUGUAUACGCCUGUCCGCAACAUUGAUCGCCCCAGAAGAGACCCUGACAUUGAGACUCUUGGUCUGGGGGAUUACCAGUACACUCAAUUCAGCCCCUGUUCAGAGGACUCUGGUCUAGAUGAUACAAGCUACAGGUCUCCAUAUGAUGAGCCAGAAACUCCAGUGGAGAGAGAGAUCCGCGAAGCUCUCGAGCGAGAGGAAAAUUUCAGACGAGAAAGAGAAAUGGCAAAGAUGUCUGUUGGUGACACUGUACAAGUUAAACCCAGGCCUGGUGUUCUUCACCAAAGCAGGUCAGAGCCUGGAGAUAAAGGACGCAUAUUUGACACUCCAGAGGACAGAAGCAGAUCUCAGAGGUCUCCUAGUGCAAAGACUCCAACUUUGUCCGUCACUGGUACAUCUGGAAAAAGUCCCUCGUACCAUGAAAUGAUUGCCAACAAUGUCAUUAUACUUGAUCCAGAUUCGUACCCCACCAGCCCACAGAGCCGAGGAAAAGGAGGGAUGCUUUCUCCAGGGACAAGCAGCUUCCACGAAUGGCCAUCAGACAUGAAUAAUGUCAUUAUCCUGGAGACAUCAAAUCUCAUCAUUCGAAGUGCCUCAGAAUUCUGCCUGAGCUCUGCAUGUCAAGAGACACAAGAGAGCACCUUUCAGAACAACCCCUUCUUCAAAUUGCGCUCCCACAGCACCCAGUCUCUGGUGGAUCAGGAGAUCAAGCUGGUGAAGCAAAGAGAAGAGGAGCUUAGAAGGCAGAGAGCACAACUAUAUGUAAAGGAGAGAUACGACACAGUCCUUGUGUCCCCCAACCAACUGCAGAAUUCCACUUAUGAGAAACCAGGAGUGGUGCCAGCAAAAUCCAAGUCAUCCCCCUCAUCUCCAUCAAAGUCGCGCAAAAUGGAUCGCUCCGCUUUGUCCUGCGACCACAAGUUUUACAGGUGAAGCUUUCUCCUUUAGUUUCCUGAGGCACCUUACCCUCGAGUCAGACGGAAAAGUGCCCUGGCCCAGAGGUGGGAAGCAGGUAUCUUUGCCAAUCAUCAGCAACAAGACUGAGUGAUUUGCCUAUAUGAAGCACAAAUCAAGUUUCCAUUACAGUAUAAGCAUGUGCAAGUAGUUUUAGAGUAAAACAUUCAUUACUUAUACAAACCUAGAAUUUAAUAGGUGAGUAAAAUAUUCACAACUGAUGUCAUACCUUUUUCAGUUUUUUGAAUGCUAGUAUUUCACUCUGAAUUUUAUCCUGGAUACACUUUUAUAUUAUUGCAGAAGAAGAAUUUAUAGAGUAACAUAAUCCUAAAUUGCACUAUGUACAAAAAUGAUGCCAAACAUUAUUGAGAAAUGUAUUAUUCUAAUUUCCCAUUACAUAACAUGUUUAACCAUAUUAACCAUACAGUGAAGAGAAGAAACAAAUAAAAAUUCAUUUGUCUUUGAUUUAAUCUGAUCAAAAGUGCAAUUUAAGACAGGAGAAGAUCGCUGCUUGGAAUGUCUAACAGAGUAUAUUGUGGAUGUAGCUUCCAGAGGUGUUACAAGAAAAGUAGCUGGCUUCUGUACAAUAAUUACAUUGCGAGCCUUUUAAAUGUUUUAUGCUUUUAUUGUCUGAAUAUAAUGUGAACAUUUAUUCUGCUGUGAAAAUAAUUUGAAAGAUGUGUGCAUUUUAAUUCAUAAAAUUCAUGUUCGAAAUGUCUUAAAAUAUAUGCUUCUUCCUUGCAGGAUGUUUUCGAUGCAAAAAUACUGUUCAAACCUUGAAUAAACUGAAACUGAUAAUGA